CGGGUCUACGUCACAAGAUCCUCCACCCUCUUCCGCCUCCUCCUCCUCCUCCUCGGCCUCCUCCUCCCCCUCUCUCCAUCCUCCAUCCCUCCUCUCCCCAUCGCUCCAGCCGGUGCUCCGUGCGCCACAGCGCGGACAUGGUGGACUCUCCCGGCGAGGCCACGACGGCGACGACGACGACGAAGAGGAAGCCCUUCGCCGUGCCGGAGAUCCCGCCUCUGGACCGGUGUGACUUCAGCCGGGCUCGGAUGCGAGCCAGCGUGCGGUGGCUGCUGUGCAAGUCUUACGGAUGCGCAGAGAAUGUCCCAGUGGAGUUACGGGAACCGCUCUACAAGGAUCAGUAUGAACAAGAGCACCUCAAGCCAGCCGUCUCCAAGCUGCUCCUCUCCACGGAGUUCUACUGCCGAGUUCAAGCCCUGCUGGCCCAGGGGCAGGCUGGCACUGGGCCAGCGACACAGGACUUACCGGAUGACAACUACGCUUUGCUGCAGUUCCUCACAAAGAAAGGGGUCGCCCCGAAGGUCCAAGAAGUGGACGUCACUGGGGACGACCUCUGCCACGUUCCCAUCAAAACAAAAGCCCACCUGGCCAUGAUUGACUCCCUGAUGUCGCUGGCUGCCAGAGAGGUGGUGGGCAGGGUCAAUAUGGCAGAGGAGGCGGCGCAGAUGGGCGUUGGGGCGCCGUGGGAAAACGCUCUGCUCUUUUGGGUCAACAGGUUGAACCAGAAACUGAGGGAGAGCACCGAGGAAGAAGAGCCAGCCAAGUCUCAGCCGGGUGCUGACCAACAGCCUUCUCAGGAAACGCAGGGCCCGUCCAACCGCUGGUACUGGAAGCUAGUCCCACAUGCUAUCGCUUUUUGUUUGAAGGAGUCGGGGAACAAACCGCCAGUGAUCCGCUACAGGAAGGACAAAGUGCAAUCUAAACUGACUCCCACCUUCCCACUGGUCACUGAGGUCAAAGAUCUGUCUAACGGCUGUGCUAUUGCUGCUGUGCUGCACUACUACUGCCCUAACGUGCUGCCUCUAGAGGAUGUUUGCCUAAAGGACACAAUGUCAGUGGCUGACAGUCUUUACAACCUGCAGCUGAUUAAAGAUUUUUGUGAGAAUAGCUUGCAGAGCUGCUGCCUUCUUCCCCUGGAGGACCUUCUCUAUGCACCGCCUCUCCUGCAUCUAAACAUCAUGAGCUUCGUAUCCGAGCUGCUAGAGUGGUUUGAGAUCAAGAAGCCUGAUUUUGUUCGACCAGUACAAGCUGUUGAUCUCACAGAUGUCUCAGGUUUACUUUUAUGUACCAGUCCCGUCAGCGGGAACAGCAACAGCGGUUCUCCUUCAUUCAUCUUCAAACAACCGUUUGUGCCCAUCUCGUCUCCAGAAACACAAGAAAACAAAAGCUGGACUAAGAAACAGAUCAGUCGUCCUCUGUCAGCAGUGACUUUCAGCAUCCCAUUUGGGCUGGACAGUGAUGUUGAUAUUGUCAUGGGAAACCCAAUAGAUUCUGUGUUUCGCUCUGUCAGCACGGACAGCCUCAGUGCCGCCAUCCCAGCAACGACGGCGUGUAUUCCGUACAGCCCGGCCGAGGACCUCAACCAUCUAGUCAGCGCCGCAGCAACAUCGCAGCGGUCUUCAUGGGCGCCGCUGGGAGAGCUGCCCACUAUUGAGGAGGCGCUUCAGGUGGUUCCUUCCCCUGGCUCUAAGGAUCGAAAGAAAGGAAGGACUGCAGAGAAAGGUGUCAAGGGGGUGUUGGCAGCCAGGCCAGAGCCCAGGUUGUGUCCCGAGGGCGCCCCUGCCGGUUUCUUUCUGCAUUGCCCAAUGGAGGACAAUCCUCAGCUCAGUAGCUCUGCCCCCUGCCGUUCAGGAGUCAUGUACCGGCCGGUCGGUGGAGAGGCUAAUGGCGGUGUGAGGCAGGAGAGGCCAUCACGAGCUACUGAUAUGUCACGUGAUGAUGACUCUGUACUGCGAGAUGGCAGCGUAGACUCAUCGGAAGCAUCUGACGACAUCCCCAGAAAUGCCCCUGGUAAUAUGCGACCCAGUAGAGGUCAUCACAGCGCCAGCAGCAGCCCACGCAUGACAAGCUUCGCUGAGCGACGAGACAGCAAAAGAAAACAUCCAGUAGCUACUGGGGAGGACUUGACCACUACCCCAACCACCCCUGGAACGCCACUCACACCCUGCACUUCAGGCCAGCAGGACAGCCCGGGAACCAGAGUUCCUGAGCCGGGCUCAGAGGCGUGGGAGCUAGGGGCUCGUCUGGAGGAAAAACGCAAAAGCAUUGAAGCUCAAAAGAGACGGAUUGAAGCCAUAUUUGCCAAGCACAGACAAAGGCUCGGAAAAACAGCUUUCCUUAAAAUAAAACGAGAGCAAGGAGAAGGCGGAGGAGAGGGAUCAGAGGUUGACAGUCUCACCCUGGAGGAGCGCCUCACUCACAUGGAGGAGCAGCUAAAGAAAGAAGAGGACAAGGAAAAGACAGAGAACAAAGCAGACAAGGAGAAAGCCAAGCCAUCCGUCUCCAACCCACCUCGGUUAGAGAAGCAGGUCACAUUCUCAAUUGACAGCAAGAAAGGCCAAGAGAAAGGAGGAGAGGCCGUCCUUGUGGAGUACAAUGAAGUCGUACAGAAACUGAGUGAAGCUUUGCAGUCCCUCCAGAAAGACAUGCAAAAGCUAACUGAACAGCAACAGCAACUUUUGGGCAACCAAAGACCCCGAAGCUCAUACAAAGCCACUCCAAAGUCAAAACUUAAAAGUAACUCCCAGGCACCCACCAAGACCCCUCCCCAUACCCCCACAAAGACACCUCCAAGAACGCCCACCAAAAACCUUAGUAUGAGCAUUAGCAAAGCCUGGAUGAUACCCACUGGUCCCAAUACUUCUUCCGUCUCCUCGCCAUCCCGUCGGACUUCCGCUCUCUCUGUAUCACCCUCACCAAAAACAGUGACCUCCUCCUCCUGUCCUGCCCCUCGUACCAAGAUCCACACCUUGUCCACGCCACGCAGUCCCAAACACCAAUCACGACCCCAACCUCACCCACGACCCUCAGAGCUCAAGUUCCCCCCUCUUAAUCGUGUUUUGACGCCGACUUAUAAUGUCGACACCCUCCCUCAUCUGCGGAGGGUUUCCCCCAGCAAGUGUCAAGUGCAAACCUCGUCUUCCUUCCGCAUUGGCGGGCCUCGAACCCCUCAGGAGUCCCACCAGCCUGCACCGCCACCUGAUGAGAGCACCUCGGACACUGGAUCGAGUGAGACGCCCACCCAGUUCAGCUUGGAGCUUGAACAAGAAGAUGUUGAGGCAGCCGAAGGGCAAAGGGCCUCGGUAGUGCCCAUACCACCUCACCAAAGGGUUGACAGCAGCUCUGGCGCUCCCUCUGAAUGCUCCUUUGAGAGCGACACUUUAUCUAUUUCUGCUGCAUACAGCACGAGAAGAGAUGGAGUCAGAGCUGGCGAUGCAGGGAAGCGUGGCAGCAUGAUCGAGGUGUCACUCUCUUCUCUUGGAGAACCAGACGGGGUCAGCGAUGAGCAAACAGAUCUUUCUUCUGAUUCUAUGAGUGACCGGAUAGAAUCUGCAGUGGAGACGGGCAUUGCCCUCGCUUCUAAUGCCACAGAGCAACUGGAUUUGGCCAUAGAAGCUGGGAACUCUUCAGACCAACAAACUGAAUCCAGUGAAGAGCAGGCAAAAGUGGACACUGUGGAACAACCUGGAGAAAACAGUGAACCUGGAGCCAGAGGAGGCAUAGGAUUCUUCUUCAAGGAGGACGGGCUUAAUGAAGGGGAGAUGGCUCAGCGCAAAGCUCUCCUUCUAGAGAGGCAGCAGAAGAGAGCAGAGGAGCUAAAGAGGAAGAGACAAAGUCAAGAACAAGAACAGGAAAAAAGACCACCAUCUUCCAAUAAGACUGCAGCCUCCACUUUUAAUACACUUCCUGUCGGAACCAUCUCUCCUUCCCCUACCCCUCCGGCUACUCCAGGCCGCCGUGGAGGUUUCACACGAGAAGAGUAUGCCCGCCGCCAACAGCUAAGGAUCAUGGACAACCUGGACAAGGUGCUGCAGCAGAAAUCCACAAGCCAAGGUCGAUCGCCUGUGAGGAAGACACGAGCGCGUCCUCGCAGCGUGACCAGGGAGGAGAAACCGUUGUCUCUGAGCCCCGCCAAGAGAGCAAAUUCCUCCAAGAUGACCAAGUCUCACUCGUCACUCAACCUGGCAGCUGCCAAUGAAAGCAAUGGCGGUGAUAAGAAAGUCCACAGCCGACCCGCCUCACCUUCUGGAUGUGUGACACCGAGUCGGCUGGCCAAGCAAAAUGGAGACUGGGAAACUGGUUCCAAUGGAACCUCGCCUGCUCCGGAAUACACCGGUCCAAAGCUCUUCAAAGAACCGAGCUUCAAAUCCAACAAGUUCAUCAUUCACAACGCUUUGUCUCGCUGCUGCCUGGCUGGGAAAGUCAACGAGGGCCAAAAGAACAAGAUAGUGGAGGAGAUGGAGAAGAGCCCCGCCAACCACUUCCUUAUCCUCUUCCGCGACUCCAGCUGCCAGUUCCGAGGCGUCUACACCGCCAACCCCGACUCCCAGGAGCUCAUGCGAUUGGCCGGCGUGGGGCCCAAGACAAUAAGCGGCGCCCAGGUGGAGUCCAUGUACAAGUACAGCUCGGACAGGAAGCAGUUCAGCUCCAUCCCCUCUAAGACCAUGGGCAUGAGUGUGGACGCCUUCACCAUCCCCGGCCAUCUGUGGCAUGGGGGAGGCGCGGCGGGCGGAGGCGGCGGAAGCAGGAGGGCGAGCCUCACCAAGAAGGCGCUCGUGUCCAAGUGACGGAAUCUACAAGGUGAGGUUUAACCCAGAACCUCAGAUUGUCGGAGAAAGAACUCUCGUUGAUUUCGGAGGACGUCCUACUCGAGGCGGUCACCAUUACAGGUUUUUAAGCAGGUGCACAGAUGGAGAGUCUUAUUGAUUUUACACGGUGCCUGACAGUGGAGGUAUUUUGAACUGGACCCCAGAUGACGGAGAAAAAUGAAGACCGAAGGUCAGAUGGAUGGAUGUUGACGUUCCUUGACUGAUCUUCAAACCUUGAGGUAGUUUUUUAAACUCAAGGAGAUGAGUGCGCCCGUCUGGAACUCUGUUGAUCUCACUGGUUCUUCCUAACUCCUUAAAACCUUCAGAAAUCAGUACUCACAGCGCUUCAAUUUUUCCUCAUUUUGUCAUGUUACAGCCUUAUUCCAAAAUAGAAGAAAUGCAUGUUUGUCCUCAAAAUUCUACACACAAUACCCCAUAAUGACAAUUAUGUAAAUUUAUUACAAAUACAAAACAUGUACAUAAGUGUUCACAACGUUUACUCAUUUCUUUGUUAAUGCAUCUUUUGGCAGCAAUUACAGCCUUUUUGAAUUUGAUGUCUCAAGCUUAGCACACCCAUCUUUCCAGCACCUCUCAAUCUCCAUCAGGUUGGAUGGGAAUGCGUUGGUUUUCAUCCAGGAUGUCUCUGUACAUUGCUGCAUUCAUCUUAGUCUAGUCAGGGAGGUGACCAAGAACCCGAUGGUCACUCUGUCAGAACUACAACAUUACUCUGUGAAGAGAGGAGAACCUUCCAGAAGGACAACCAUCUCUGCAGCAUUCCCCCAAUCAGGCCUGUAUGGUAGAGAGGCCAGACGGAAGUCAUUUCUUAGUAAAAGUUUCCCAAAAUGCACCUGAAAGACUCUCAGACCACGAGAAACCAAAUUCUCUGGUCUGAUGUGACAACAAUUGAAGUCUUUGGCGUGAAUGCCAGGCGUCAUGUUUCUGUCAGGUUCAAACACUGAUGACAUCUAUUAAACAGACAAGAAGCAAGGAAUCAUGCAGAGACAGUUUAAACACUGAUGACAUCUAUUAAACAGACAAGAAGCAAGGAAUCAUGCAGAGACAGAGUUAAAUUUGGCUAAAUGGGGAGAACGCAUGGAGCUGCACACUUGAGUUUGAGUUUAUUUGGAACAUGCAAGCAUACAACAUGAUACAUCACAAUUUCCAGUUUCUCUUUUCAACAUGUUCGAAAAGGAGUAGGAAGAAGCAGAGCUUAUUUAAUCCUACCCCUUUUCUUUUACAUAAUAGUUGCUAAAACUUUUGUUCACUUCCUGUUCUCAAUUUAUUCACAAUAUACUCCAUAAGUAAUUACAAUAAAAAUAAAUAAAUAAUAAUAAUUGGUGAAGUAAGUUAAAUUUCAUAUGAUGAGAUAAGUAAGAUUAUUUUGAGAGUGAAAGAAUGGAUGGAUUAAAUAAAUUCAGUAUUCUUCUUCUUUGUACUUUGUAAACACUUUAAAUUUGAAGAGUUUCUUGAAGUGGAUCAUAUUAGUACAUUGUUUGAUUGCUUUGCUUAAUCCAUUCCAUAAUUUAAUUCCACAUACUGAUAUACUGAAGGUCUUAAGUGUUGUACGUGCAUACAAAUGUUUUAAAUUACAUUUCUCUCUAAGAUUAUAUUUCUCCUCUUUUUUUGAGAAGAAUUGUUGUAUAUUCUUGGGUAGCAGGUUGUAGUUUGCUUUUUAGUCACAGUCUCGCCCAACGCUCUGAGGUACAGCUCCCGCGUCCCUCUAUUUAUUUGGGAGGUCCCCAGUCAACAUCACCGAGGCCGCCUCUAAAAGGAGUGGUCACACAUAUCAUGCAAAGCAGCUCCAGUACGCACAAUACGUGACGGAAUGUGCCGGGGCCUUGCGAUGGCCUUGUCUCUGCUUUGUCUGUGUGCUGUCAUCUUAUCUUCGUUGAGGUCCUUGAAGUCCUUGGCUGUUAGCGGGCUAAAACAAAGAUAACAUCUGCGGCUGAGGCCACACCUCAGACAAAAAGUCUAACUUGAGCACAAUAGCUAAUAACUAUAGCAACGGCCUUUAAGCAUAAGAGUUGUGUGAUAACAGGAAACCAGGCCAAUACCAUCCCUACAGCACCAUGGUGCGGGGGUGCUUGUCAGCGGCAGGAACUGGGAGCAUAGUUAGGAUAGAGGGAAAGAUGAAUGCAGCAAUGUACAGAGACAUCCUGGAUGAAAACCUUUCACAUUGUCAUUAUGAGUCUGUAGAAUUGAAUGAAUGUUCUUCCAUUUUGGAAUAAGGCUGUCACAUAACACAACAUGUGGGGAAAGAAGUGCUUUGAAUACUUUCCGGAUGCCCUGUAAGUCAGAGGAAGAAUUGUAUGAAGAAGGUUGUCAUUGAUGUGCAUGAAAACAUCUUUGUGCAUUUGCUAUACAGUAAAACGCUUUAGUCAAAAUGUCUGUUAAGGAGAUAAUUACACCCGCACGUCACUUUUAUACAUGAUUGCAACUGUCAGGACGCUUUUAUUUACGUUUUAUUUUGUCCAGCAUCCUAUCGUGAAUGAUGUGUCAUAAUGAUGCAGGUGGUUGGCGGAUGGUUGGUUAGCGAGAUUCAACAUGUUCUUUCCCGGUUGCGAAAUGACCCCAACUUGCAAAUGAAGCAGAUUUUUUUUUGUUUUUUUACAGGACACUAGAAACAUGAAGGUUACUAACAGGGGCCGUCUAUCAUCGUGCUCUAUUUAGGAGUGCAGGUGAAUAAAGAUGGUGCUUUAGAAACCGACAUUCAUGUGUGGAAACAUCUAUGAUCAAGUUCAAAAUGUUAUUGGAAAACAAGAAUUAUGGGAUGUAGAAUUUUACGGUAUACCGGUAUUAGUAUAGUACCGCGAUACUAAUGAAUCAUUUUCGGUACUAUACCGUCUCUCCGCGUCAAAGUCAAGUCGUGUCAUUGCUGGUUUACGAGCAGAGGAGCAUGUUCGGCAGCGCACAAUCACAGAGUACACUGCAAAAACUGAAAUCUAAGUAAGAUUAAAUAUCUCAAAUAAGGAUGAUAUUUGCUUAUUUUCUGUCUGAUAAGAUCAUUCUUCUCACUAAGCAGAUUUUGUGUUAGAGUGUUUUACUUGUUUUAAGGGUUUUGGUCCUAUCUUAAAACUCAUUUGUAUAAUCUAGCCUUUAAAUCAGGGGUGGGCAAUUAAUUUUUACCGGGGGCCGCAUGAGCUACCCGAGCACUGCUGGAGGGCCACAUCGACAAUAUUUCAAUUAAAUUUUG